CCUCGAGGUGGCGCCUGUUGACAGAAUUAAGGGCUCGCGCUGCAAUUGGAUGAUGUUGAGGUCUCGCGAAUGUAUCGUGAACGCGCGGCGCGCCUCUCAGCAGGGCGGACAUUGGGACUGUGUGCUAUCAAUCACUCCUCUCGCAUGUUUUGAUUCCUCAAAGUUACUGUCAGUGGACUAGCUGUAAAAUGUCCACUGUAACGCAACCUGCUAACGACCAGUAUGUGUUCCGUCGACGUGAAUUCGAGCAGCUGCGGUCAGAGAACCAGAGAAGAUGGCAUAAUCCUCAACAUGAGCCCGGAGCGAGGCGGACCGCUCUCCACCAGCAGAGACCCCAGGUUGAUGGCAGCCAGACUCGACCUCGACCUGCCAGUGAUCCCAGCAGCAGAUGGCUCCAGGAAAACGACCCCACCACCAGACCCCAGCUGGACGACUGUGAGCGGAUGGGGACUCUGUUUGGGAUGCUCAACAAGUGUCUGCGGCGGAUGGGCUUCAGCCAGAUGUACUUUGGGGACAAGAUAGUGGAACCAGUAGUGAUUGUAUUCUUCUGGCUGCUGUUAUGGUUCCUAGGGAUCCAGGCCCUAGGACUGGUGGGAACUCUGUGCAUCAUCAUCAUCUAUAUCCAGAAGUAAUGAGAGCGGAUGAUCAGUGGAGUGGAGACUGCUGUUUUCUUUGGUUAAUGCUUACAUAUGUGGGACUCAUUUCAUGCUAAUGGAUGUUUGGAUUGCAAUCUGCGGUGGAUUUGUGCUUUUAGGAAGGCAGCAGCAUGGCGGAGGGCUGUACUGCUCUGUAGGGAUGGUGGUUUAGCAGGCUCCAUUUUUCAGGAUUGUCUCCCUCAGUAACAGGAGUGCUGUGCCCUACUGCAUUUGCUGUUAUCUUGACGUAAUGGUACUGAUCAGCUGAUUUAAAGGAACAGGAAGACAUUGUGGGAAAUGGUUUGUUUCUAUUUGAAUCAGAGGCCACAGAGUGAAUACCAGGAGUCCCAGUACUCAGGAAACAGGGCUGCACACAUCAUGUGUGGAGUGUUUCACUUAAAGAUCAGACAUCUUUGUUAACAUCCAGUGUGUUACUUCGGGCUGCUAGCACAGCAGUUAUCAAGCCAAAAAUCAAUCAAUCAAUCAUAAGGAAAUGCUGACAUACAGUACAUUUUGUGAAACCUUUUUGCAGAAAAUGUUAAUGAUCAGAUGGCUGAUAUAUGAGAAAAUCUAAGUAUUGUUAGUGUUCCAAUAAUGGAAUUACAAUCAGUAAUUACAUCUAGUUGGUAAUGCAUAUAGCUUUUGCAGUAGCUGUGGAGAGGGAUGGUGCCUAGAACUUGUUAUAAGUUGGGAUCUGUUAAAUAUCAGUUUAGUAACUUUCUCUACUCUCUCCUGUCUUGGUGCCUUUGAUUUCUGACAUCCAUGGAAAGAUAAUCAAUUGAAUUGGGAUAAAACUUCCUAUUUGUAUUGGAAACUGAAUGUGUUAAAGACAAACAUUAGUGUUGUCGUAGAGCGCAGACUCUUCAGCUGACUAGCUGACAUUCACAAAGUUUAUUUAUGUGCUAAGUAUACUAACAGCAUAUCAAUAUUAUUGUAUUGGACUAGAUAUUGUUUUGCGGUUUUGGUUAUUUUGUGUAAUACCUUCCAUUUGUAGUCUGCACAAAGCAUUGUGCCUAUCAGACCACUUUAAUUGAUUGAAAUGAAUACAAAAUGCAUCUCUUUAUCAUCCAAUCUUUUUGUGAUCACACUGAAAUUCUCCUGAGGUUAAUAUAUGUUGUGGAAGCCAAGGUUCAGGUGCUGUUAGUCUUUUAAAUAAGCAAUAAGUCCACAAUAAAAACACGAACCCAAAGCUGAAUGUUCACAUUGCAAACUAAGGUAGAUGAGGCCAACCUUGUCUCCUAUAAAUCCCCCACAUAUGCAUCUUUUUUGUGUGUGUUAUUUACAUUUACAGACACCAUUUCCAAUCCAAACUCAAUACCUCACAAUGACCAAGUGAAAACUUCCAUCCAUCAUUUUCUAAUCCUUAUCCAUGGCUGGGUUGCAGCUACCAGCUCCUCCUUCCCAAGCCAUCAUGUUGUGGGUCGGCCCCGGGGCCCCUAACAGUUGCACGUACCUGGAGCACUUUCACCUUUUGACGCAGAGGAGAAACAGCUCUUUGGAUAUCUGGAGGUGCCAACUCUCAUCCCAUGUGAUUCACGCUCGGCUACUAACCGCUCCGCAAUUUUUAAGGUCAACAAUCCAAAGGGGGGGUUAUACAAGUUUUCCCAUCCAGUCUACAUAUGUUUUUUGGACUUGGAGAAGGCUUAACAACAUGUCCUUUGGGGAGUCCUGUGGGCUUGUUGUUACCAGCUAUCCAGUCCCUGUUUAAACAAACUUAGAGAUGUGUCUGUAUUCUCCCUGACCACUCUCCUCGUCUCUGCUGCUGAAACCCGAUGCUGCCACAAUCAUGCUUCACUGUUGGGGUGGUAUUAUGCAGGUGAUGAGCAGAACCUAGUUUCCUCCAGACAUUAUGCUUAGAAUUCAGGCUGAACAGUUGGAUCUUGGUUUCAUCAGAGCAGAAAAGUGUGAGAUUCCUUUAGGUGCUUUCUUGUGUCUUUCACUGAGGACAAACUUCUGUCUGGACACAGAUCAGUGGAGUGUUGCAAUGUUGGUUGUCCUUCUGGAAGUUUCUCCCAUCUCCACACGGGAUCUCUGAAGCUCAGCCAGAGUUACCAUCAGGUUCCUGCUCACCGCAAUUACAAAGGCCAGUCAGGUCAGAGUCCUGGUUGAUCUAAACUUCUUCCUUUAACAACUCUGGAUGUCAGUGUGCCCCACAAGCCUGUCUGAGCUCUGCUCUGUUCCUUUCACCUCAUGGCUUGGUUUUUGCUCAGGUGUGUGUUUUCCAAAUUAUGUCCAAUUAAGGCUACAUUUACAUGAUGACGGUCUGAACAGAAGACGCAAAAGUGGCGUCGCGUCUUCACUUUUUAUUCCGCAUUUAGACGAGCGUUUGCAGGAGGAAAUCUGCUGCAUACGGUGAUCUAAAGUGUGUGAAUGUGAUUGGGUAUGCAGCCAGGCGGCAUCACUUAAAGCCAUAAGAGCAUCUUUGGGCAUGUGGAAGUUUUCACGCCACGCAUUUUCAUCAGCUACUCCUUCCACAAAGUUCUCCACCAUCACUAGAUCUCCCAGGUCUCCUCCAAAGCCGUCUGGCUCCUCCCACCAAUUGGUGCAUCCAAAAUGUGAUGGAGGUAAUUCCAGAUCCUUCUCUGUUCACUAAUACUAUCUGUACAUAUCCUGUACAUUUGGUGGAAAGACUCCUGUAAGUUUAUUAGAGCUGCCAGAGCAGCUUGAAGGUCCCACCAUGGAAAUAAUCCCACAUGUUUCUUUAUUUCCUGUACUGGAGCAUGGAUGUGAUGUAAACGUGUACGUGACGUGAGCAGAUCAGAUCAGAGUUUUGUGUCUUGUCAGUGUAGACGACACGCUACGGAGGAGCGGAUCUAAGUUUUACACUCUGGAGGCUGGUUUCACAUUUUUGCAUUUUUAAGCCCCAAAAACGCCGUCACCGUCUAAACGAAAGGCACUUCCCAUAAAAUAUUUUGUCGUUUUUACCUGCAAGCGUCCUCGUGUAAACGGGGCCUAAAAUGAAUUGUAGUGGACUUCAAUCAAGAUCCAGAAGAGCCAGAAGACGUUUUUUUUUUUUUCUUUCUUCAAACAAAAUACAUUAUAUAUUACAACAUCUGAAAGUCUAAAUGCACUGUAUGUUCACCAUAUAUAUUUAUUAUUAGUUUUUAAGACAACGACAUUAAGAACUGUUAGUCCCCCAAAACCAUUUGAUCUAAAGCAAAAUACUUGCCUUUGAAUGCUGUUCCUUAACAGCACCAAGUCACAUGAAUGUGAAAUCAUUGUGCAGAGUAACAAAACUAACUAAUGACUUUCCCCAAAUCUACUGGUUAUAGUUGGUUCUGAGUGGAUUUUUUAAGCAUUUUUUUCUCUCUAGGUGUUAUUUAUUAACUGCACUAGCUUUUCCAACUUCCUGUACACUGAAUUGAAAAACAAGACUUUCACACAGGUAAAACUGGAAUGUCGUUGAGUGAUUAUGAGAAAUGGUGGGUCAGGCAAAUUGACGGAAAUGUAUUAACAAAACAAAUAGCAACUAAUCUCACAGCUGAAUAUCUGAGAGUAUGGGAGUAUAUAAAGGUGGACUUUUAUUUGAUUGGGGGUUUUUUCUGAUAGUCUCAGGUAGUUUUUACAGUUGGAUGUAUUUUCUUUUAUUAUUUCCUGACCACACACUGUUGUCAAAGAACUGAAUUGUAGGCAUAACACUGAUUUAUUAGUUUACUACUAAGUACCAAACAUGAUCACACAUGGUGAUGGGCAGUAUGUUUACCAUUGAUUUGUUUGUCCUUGUUUUUAAAAACUGUCAUUGGUUAUUUUGAACAUGUAUAACAAAUUAUUGUUUAUAAAGUGUUAGUGCUGAGUUUUAUGCAUACUUACAAAAGAAACAUCGAAUCAAAAUGUGUUGCAAGGUCAUUGAUUGAUUAAAAGUGAGCGCUCCUA